UAGUAUGCUUCUUUUUAAAACAACGUAUAUACCUCCUAUUAUAUCGUACGAGAACUAGAUUGCCUGAUAUGUGUAUAAAGCAAGAACAACUUCGUAUGCAUAAUCUGCUAUCCAUUUGAUGACUGCUCAUGGAUCAUGGAACGCGCGAAGAAAUAUAUUGCCGAAUUCUAUCGUGCAGUUCAAACCAGUGAUUUACCUAAAUGAAAUUCAUUUGUCGACUGGCAGAAAUAAAAAAAUGAUUCACUCACGAAGAAAAAGAAUGUUUUCUUGGCUGGGAUUCUAUUUUCUGUUUGCCGUGAUAAAAGAAUGUAACACGACAGUAACCACAGAACCAGCAACCACAUCUUUCCAUCCAGCUUCCUCCACAUCCUCAGCAGAUCUUACAACCACUUCUGACCAUCCAGAUUCCUCCACAUCCUCAGCAGAUCUUACAACCACUUCUGACCAUCCAGAUUCCUCCACAUCCUCAACAGAUCUUACAACCACUUCUGACCAUCCAGAUUCCUCCACAUCCUCAACAGAUCUUACAACCACUUCUGUCCAUCCAGCUUCCUCCACAUCCUCAGCAGAUCUUACAACCACUUCUGUCAAUCCAGCUUCCUCCACAUCCUCAGCAGAUCUUACAACAGUUUCUGUCUAUCCAGCUACCUCCACAUCCUCAGCAGAUCUUACAACCACUUCUGUCCAUCCAGCUUCCUACACAUCCUCAGCAGAUCUUACAACCACUUCUGUCCAUCCAGCUUACUCCACAUCCUCAGCAGAUCUUACAACCACUUCUGUCCAUCCAGCUUCCUCCACAUCCUCAGCAAAUCUUACAUCAACAACAGUUCUUAUGGCUUCCUCGGAAACAAAUCAAACCUCUAGAACCACCCAAAAAUAUGAAGAUACCAAAGAGGUUUUACAAUUGGAAGUAAUAGGUCUUAUCGUUGCAGUUGCUGUCUUUGCGAUUAUGAUUUUGUUAGUUACUGGAUACAUGGUCAAACAAAAACUAUUAUCAAAGUCAAGCAUGAACAAAUUAAAGCCAAACCCGGAUGACAACUAUCGAGAUAGCAAGACCCAAGACGUUAUGUGGCUGUUUCAGAGGUCUGAUCAACUGUAUUCCAGACCACCGCUUUCACAUUUCAUUUACGAAAAGCCACCAACUAAUGAUCUCCGCAGACUUUAUGAAAAACCAGCCGCCCAACCGGUACAUAUUUAUGUCAAACAAGAUUUCCAUGGCAACUAAACUGAAAAUGAAUGAAUUAGAACCUUUUGUUGACACCAAACGUUAUUUUCUUUCUCACAUAUCUACUACUAUAUUUUCGUGAAAGUUUGAUUUAAAAGUUUGGCAUUUGUAAAAGACUAUUUUUCUCUGGUUUAAACAUGUAAUAUGAUAUAAAGAUGGGGGCUUAAGAUGUUCAUUUAUUUUAUUUGGAAAUUUGGGGCCCCAACAGAAAUGAUAAUUUCCCUGAAAUUGCUGCUAAAAUUUAGCAUGGAUAUUACUUAUUUAAAAAAAAUCAAACAAAUAUUUAUCUAUUGAUCUAUUAUAUAGUUAUGACUCAAUACAGUAUGAAGAUGAACAUAUGUAGUGACCAUAAAAGUAAUAUCUAAGUAAAAGGUAAAAAAAAAUUGCUUUACUGAUGGCUUAAAAUGCCUGUACAUAAUGAAUGCAUCAGCAAUUGUAAAGAUUGUUUUAACAGUUUGGAGUAAUAAAAUUAUAACGCAAAUAAAAAUAAUAGUAAUGCCAUUUUCCCAAACCUUUCAUACUAACAGACAUAUUUAAUGUCCCACAGGGAGUAAAAAAGUAGUGGUCACAUUUAAAAAAAAAAAAAAUAAGCUUAUUUAAGGCACAAACUAGUAUUAUUUUUUUAUUUUUUGGAUUCUAUGAAAUAUAAACUAAACAUGCCAAAAUAGAACUAUCAAAAUAUUUCGAUAGAAAUUCAAAAUAUUGUUCAUAUAUGUUUUUUAAGAACAUGAAUAUAUCGUAAUACACAAACUAUCUGGAAGUUAAGUCUGCGCUAAAAAUUAGGAGGCUAAAAUAACAGUACUCUAAAACUAUUGAGCUAUGAAAAUCGUUCAUUUUCUUCUUGAAAACCAUCUGCCACAAAAUAUAGUUCCCUCUUAAACUCAGUAAAUAUAUAAUUUUCUUUAAACAAUUUUAUUCAAUAUGGUUUAUUUGGCAUUGUAAAAUAUAAAUAUACAAAUAGAAUCAAUAUAUGAUUCAAAAUUUUCAGAUAAGAGGUUAUCCAUAAAGAGAGGAGCGAUUCAACCUCUUUAAAGCAAAAGUAACUAUAAUUCUGAUAAAAGUUUUGAAAAUAUGUCUUUGUUUUGUCAAUUGUUGUUACCUGAUUAUAUCAUUUUUAAAUAUUAAAUUAACAUGUUUACACUAUAUUUAAAAUAUAAGAUUUUGUAAAUACUUUUGUUUACUUCAUUGCAUUCAUCUUUUACAAUUUAUGACCAACCCAUUUUCCAUUUUUGAACACAGAGUGUUUAAAACAAACCAUAUUAAGCCGAACUAAUGAAACGGUAGUGUGUUUUAGUGUGAUUUGGUUUUUCCAAAUGUAGGUAAAUUAAUAUUGAUUUAAAUGUUACUUCUUUUUUUAAAUGUUAACAGAUGCUGGUCAUAUAUCAAUUGUAAUGCGUUUACAUUUUUAUAGUAAGUUUAGUGUUAACAUUAACAUGGCACUCAUAAAGGACAAUAUUUCAUACUACUUGCCCGUAGUCCCAUAUUACUCGGUGUAUUGGAUAACAUAUGCCAUGUUUUUAUAACUUCUACCCCCCCCCCAAAAAAGAA